AUGACACAUAUUGAUGAGGUAGAAUACGAACUGCGGAAGAAUCUUCCACCACAAUUUCCAAAAGAAAAAAAUAACAUUUAUAUAACAAGGCAUACAAGUAUCGCAGCACAAAAAGCUCGGAUAAUUAAACUUCUGGACGAGAAGAUGGAUGAAGUUGUACUACACGGCUUAGGGGCAGCAGUUAGCCGGACGAUAAAUGUUGCAUUACAAAUCCAGCGAAAGUUAGUCGAUACGGUGAAAUUAGAUGUCAGAACUGGUACUGUUAAGGUCACAGACAAUUUAUUCCCACUAUACGACGAAGUGGAUUUUAAAACACGAAAUCGCUUUAUUUCAGCCGUACAUGUACGAAUAUCUCGACGAAUAAUGUAA